AUGGCCCAAAUGCGCAAAGAGGUCGCCGAGCUGCUGCGAGCCGAUCGCGGAGAAUACGCCUGGAUCCGCGUCGAGGCAAUCAUCCGGGAACGGAACCUCAACGCCGCGUACGAGAUCCUCGAGUUGUACCUGGAGCUGGUGGCCGUGCGCGCCGGGCUGCUGGAGAAGGCCAAGGAGGUGCCGCCCGACAUGGUGGAGGCGAUCACGAGCCUGAUGCACGCGGCGCCGCGCGUGGCGGACCUGCCCGAGCUGCUGCAGGUGCGGUCGCUGCUGCAGCACAGGUUCGCCAAGGAGCUGGGACCGGAGGACCCGCGGCAGGGGGAGUCCAACAGAUGGCAGGUGAACAACAACCUCCGCCGCUACCUGUCUGUGGCAGCACCCGAGCCAGAAGACAAACUGUCCACUCUGUCGCACAUUGCCCAGGAGCACGAUGUGGAAUUCGACAUGGAGCAGCUCUCAAUAACAGUCAUGGUUCACACAGAGGAGAAGCUUGACACUGCAGGCCCAGAGUACCAUAAAAAUUUGCAUGAUAUUACUGGACCUGCGGAUGUUCCUGCCUCCCCUGUUGCAGUGCCUCCGCCCGUUCCGCAGCCAGCAGCAACACCACACCCACAACCAGCAGCCCUGCCGCCUGCACAGCCCUAUGUGCCACCAGAGGUGCCCAACUUCGAGGUCCCCCACGCUGGGCCAUCAACGGGUCCAUACACCAACGCACAGACCGCGGCCACGGCCGCAUUCAGAGCGGCGGAGGCGGCCAAGCAGGCUGCCGCCGCGGCAGCCAGGUAUGCCGCCCAAGUGCCUGCCACAGCUCCUGCGCCAGGCCACCCAGCCCCACAGCCCCAGCCCACGAUCUUUGGGUCACUGCCAGCAGGAACCCCAACUGGAACCCCUGCAUCAACCCCUGCACCAGCACCAGCCCCAGCCCCUGCGCCGGCCCCGACCCCUGCACCGGCCCCCGCUCCCCUGGGUUUUGCCGCGCACACAGAGACGCCUCCCCCCCAGGCAUGGGCCCCAGGCGCCAAGGCCACGCCACCGCCCACCCCCACUGUCGACUCCCCUGCAACGGUCCCUGCAUCCCCCACUGGCUCAUUCAAGCAGAAGACCAAGGAAGAGCUCCAGGCACAGUACGACGCGGCCCCUGGGCCCCCACCCAAGAAGGACCUGGGGGCCUACAAGGCGUCAGCCCCGCCAGCAGCUGGCUUCCCUGCUACCCCCGCUGAUAGUCCCCCCAUUCCGCACCGCGCUGUUUCUGGCGGUGGGGAGCAUCUGCCGUCUGUGCCCGCUCCGGGCUCACAAGACUUGCCCGCCGUGCCUCAGUACCCGCCUCCGAGGGUGACCGUGUCCCACCCCAGUGCGCAUCAAGACGACUUUCCCCAAGUGCCAAGGGGGGCACCGGCCGUGGACGACCUCCCGUCUGCGCCCACCGUUCCUGGGGGGAUAAACAGCUAUCCGAAGGACGAGGUGGACGCGUAUGACAAGCGCAUGGACGACCUGAGGAAGAAGGAUUAG